UUCUUUCUUUCCCUAUGAUAUUCGCUCAGCAGUCGCGUCCUCAUCUGCCAACUCUCUCUAGAUUCCCUGUCGUCGCUGUCGAGUAGGAGUAGUAUUUAAUCAAGUUUUCUAGUGUGCAAUGCACGCCCGACCAACCACAACACUACCCAUUCUCAGUGGCUCUGAUUCUUUAGACACCCCAUUCUACGCCCUCCCAUAGAAGGGCCCUAAUCCCAUCUGGGUCUUCUUCUUUUUUCAAUUCCAAUCGGGUUAAAGCAUAAAUCGACCAGGAUGGGGGACGUAGCCAAGGACCUUCUUUCAGGGACUGUUGGUGGGGCAGCACAGUUAAUUGUUGGACACCCCUUUGAUACCAUCAAGGUGAAACUCCAAAGCCAACCUACUCCACUCCCAGGCCAACCUCCCAAAUUCUUGGGCGCGAUGGAUGCUGUCAGACAAACAAUAGCAUCAGAAGGCCCAAGGGGUUUGUACAAAGGUAUGGGGGCCCCACUGGCCACCGUAGCGGCCUUCAAUGCUCUCCUCUUUACUGUGAGAGGACAAAUGGAAGCUUUAUUGCGAUCGGAACCUGGUAUGCCACUUACAAUCAACCAGCAGGUCAUUUGUGGGGCUGGGGCUGGAGUUGCUGUCUCUUUUCUGGCUUGCCCCACGGAAUUGAUCAAGUGCAGGUUGCAAGCACAGAGUGCUCUAGCUGAUUCGGGUUCAGCUGCUGUGACGGUGAAGUACGGAGGACCAAUGGACGUAGCCAAACACGUCCUCCGAUCAGAAGGCGGCAUCAGAGGUCUCUUCAAGGGCUUAAUUCCCACUAUGGCGCGAGAAGUACCAGGAAAUGCCGCAAUGUUUGGCGUCUAUGAAGGCCUGAAGAAGUAUCUUGCUGGAGGGAAAGAUACUUCUGAAUUGGGAAGAGGUUCCCUAAUUGUUGCCGGAGGUUUGGCUGGAGCUUCCUUCUGGGUCUCUGUCUACCCAACUGAUGUCGUCAAGAGUGUGAUUCAAGUUGAUGAUUACAAAAAUCCAAAGUUCUCUGGUUCAGUUGAUGCUUUUAGAAAGAUUUUGGCGUCAGAGGGAGUUAAGGGUCUUUACAAGGGGUUUGGGCCUGCUAUGGCUAGGAGCGUUCCGGCAAAUGCGGCUUGCUUCUUGGCCUAUGAAGUAACAAGGUCUAGUUUAGGAUGAUAACUACUCCAUUAAUUUAUUGUUCUUGUGUUCUUUAUAAGUUUGGCAAAGGCCAAAGCAAUUGCUACAGUUGUGAACUUUACCUUGAUUUGAUUCACUUGUCCUCAAAAGAGAUCUUUGUUUCCCAAUAUUGAAUCAUAUUCAGUUAGGUUUCAUGUU